AUGAGAAAGUUUGCAGUGGUCCAGUGGGACAGUGGGGAGGAUGCUGGGAUGUAUAGCGAGGUGAAAACCGAUGCCAUACGUAGAUAUGAUGACACCAAGGUGGAUGACGACGGAGACCCACAAACUGACUAUUCAGCUGCUGUGGAGUGGCAGAAAGGGAAAAAGCCAAAACAUGGCUGGCCAGUGUACAUGGCCUCUAUUAAGUUUGUGAGCAACAAUCGAUAUCAUACUAAUGCUAAAAUUAAGGAAUUUCUGGGGUUGGAGUCUGAUGAAAGGAACAAGCCACUGCCUAAGAAAAGGACCCCAGUCCCGCCAUCAAGAUAUACAGAUUCAGAUGAAACUGAUGUGGAGAAUACACCAACCCAAAGGAAAAAGACAGUGAUUCCCAAACCACAGAGAAAUGUUGCCCAAAUGAUUGUUGAUGAGUAUCAAGUCACAACCUUGACAGAGACUCAGAAGAAGCUGAAAGACAUGGAGGAGGAAAACGAAAAAUUGAGAGAUGACAACGAAAAAUUAAGAACAAUGCUUAUUAGAGGCAUGUAUUGCAGUUAUUUUACUAUUGUGUUGAAUCAUGCAAUCAGCUAUCACACUGUUUUGUGGUUUACAUUUUUUACAGUCUUUGCGCUUCAGACUUUUAAAUUAUUGUUGAACUGUUGUUUUGUUUCAAUAAUAUUAUUUAACUUAUGUAAAGUUGAGAAUAACAAUUUAAUAAUUGGUAAUGAUAAUAAUUAAUUAACUGAAUUUUUA